UUCGUUGCGAGGAAGUUACAGGAAACAUGGCGGCGGCCGAGCUCUCGUCGGAAGCAAACACUGACAUCCCAGAUUAUGAGUACACAGAUGUCAACACCAAACCGUUUCAUAUCGAAGCUUUCAGAAACGAGUGGCUCAAGAGGCUGAAGCCGAGCGACGUGUCCUUCAAGGAGGAGGACGGGGACACGUUUGACGCCAACUUUGCCAGAGAGAUGCGGGUUGACCCGGAGACCAUGGCUGAACUCAAAUCCAUCUGCAGCCUUGAUUCGCUGCGUUGCCAUCCUCCGGAUCAGCAGCCUGAUGACACGAUUGUACCUGAAGAUGCAACGCUGAACACGUUAAUGCAAAGAAAAAAGAGGCAAGAUUACAAAGCUACUCUGAAAACAAGCAAGAACAGACACAACCUCUACGCAGACGAACUGGAGCGUAUUACUGUUGGAAGAAAACCAAAAACGAUGACUGACCUGAUCGCCGAAGGAGAAAUCAUUCUAACCAUCAAUGUCUACUACCCGGCUGUUUUUGAGAAGUUUAGGUCCGUGCGACCCCAUAUGACUCUGCGGAUGACUGGCACCCACAGCCUGGCAGAGCUCAAGGAUGCAAUCUGCUGUGUCAGCGACUUGCAAGUGUGCGGAGAGUUCAGUAACACGCCGGACAUGGCUCCAGAUUUCAUCAGCAAAGAUCAUUUCAAGUCGGCUUUCUUUUUCUUUGAAGGAGUUUUCUAUAACGACAUGCGAUUCCCAGAGUGUCAGGACAUCAGCACGACUACCAUUGAAUGGGCAAAGGCGCGCAACUUCCCACCUUACAGUCAGGCCAAAAUGGAGGACACGAGAUUUGCCGAUCUGAAAGUUAAAGUGGGCUUCCCGUACCUGUACUGUCAUCAGGGAGACUGCGAACACCUCGUCAUCAUCACGGAUGUCAGACUGGCACAUAUGAACGACUGCCUGGACAAGAAGCUGUAUCCACUUCUCACACAUAAGCACAGGCUCAUUACCCAGAAGUGCGCAGUUUGCCACGUCUUUAUUGGAAGGUGGUUUACUACUAAUGACCAGUUUUCUCCGAGUGACCCAUGCCUCUACUGUGAUAAGUGCUUCCGGAUGUUGCACUAUGAUGCUCAAGGCAACAAGCUGGGAGAUUUCCUGGCCUAUCCUUAUGUGGACCGUGGCGCGUUUAACUAAUGCUUGUCUUUUUGGGGAAGUGCUCAGAUCAUUGAUUUACCGGUAAUGCUGUAUAAUACAGUGAAAUGUUUCAUAUUUCAGAAAGAAAUGUUGAUCGUCAUUUAGGAAGUCUGUAUUUUCUUUUAAAAAGAGAAACCGUUUGAGGACAAAAAUAUGACCAGGCUUUUUUUGUUGUUGUUGUUUAAAAUAAAGUUCAUUAACUCUG